GAGGUGCCCGGGUGAAUUGCAAGGAAGAGGCAGUUAAGAUGAACUUGGCUUUGGAAGACGACACACAAGAAGAUAGCUGAAAUAAAACACAUCUGGUCAGCCAACCAACCACAUCCUAUUUACAGGGACAUGUUAUUCAUUGUGCUAUUGAAACCGUGCGAGGGAUGUUUGUUUCCUGCUCUCGAUCUUGUUGAGGGACACUUGCCAACUCUUUGGUGUCGUUGAAGAGAAAGAACAUUAAGGUAGAUCAGACAGUGGGACCAAGGACAACACUGGGAUAUCCAUGGGCUGGACUGACUCAUUCGACAUGGGAUUUACCAUGGAUAAUUUUGAUUGGAUUGACAAUAUGAGUUUUAAUUACAAUGAGAGUCUGUAUGGCCAGGACAAUGGCCUGGACGAUGACACCUAUAUUGAUGACACCUGCGAAACGUACAGCACAGAACCGUUUAAGAAAGUCUUUCUUCCUGCGUUUUAUUCCACCAUCUUUGCCGCGGGGAUCCUGGGGAACGCGAUGACCAUCGCCGUUUUCCUGAGGAACAGGCAGACCAUGGCCAUGACCGACACCUUAAUCCUCCACUUGUCAAUCGCCGACAUCCUGCUGGCUCUCACCCUUCCCUUCUGGGCCGUGGAAGCGGUGAAAGGCUGGAUUUUUGAGGCGUUCGCUUGCAAAAUCUUCGGGGCCAUGCUGAACAUCAACUUCAACAGCGGCAUUUUCCUGCUGAGCGGCAUCAGCGUCCAGCGUUACCUCUCCAUCGUCCACGCCGUCCAAAUGUACAACAAACCCAGGUCCAUGGUGGUCCACGUCUGCUGCCUUGUGGUCUGGGUCUUCUGCCAUAUCUUGGCCAUCCCCGAUUUCAUCUUCCUGGAGAAGUACCAGCUGAACGGCACGUGGCAAUGUCAAUAUAAAUUUGAUCGUGAAACUGGCAAGAAUUGGAUAGUGGGCUUGCGUUGCCUGCAUCAAGUGAUCACUUUCCUUAUCCCUCUGUCAGUCAUUCUCUACUGCUACUUCAUGAUCAUCAUAACUCUGCGAGGGUCCCAUAACGUGCAGAGGAACAAGGAGGUCCGGGCCAUGAAGGUCAUUGUCAUAGUUGUUGCUGCUUUCCUGUUCUGCUGGGUCCCGUACAAUGUGGUCAUCUUCAUUGACACGUUGCAGAGGAUGGGCUUCCUCGCUCCGGGCUGUGCCCUGGGGUCCAGCUUGGACAUUGCAAUUUGGGUCACAUCCAGCCUGGGCUACUUCCACUGUUGCCUCAACCCCUUCCUGUAUGCCUUCGUCGGUGUCAAGUUCAGGAGGAACUUGCUGCAAAUCUUCCACGACAUUGGCUGCAUCACCCACAAGACAGUGAAGAAAUACGCCCGGACCACCAACAGGGAGACCACCUCUCAGUGUCACUCAGGAGAUACGACCAACUCCGGUUUCUAAGGCGAAUAAAACGGAUCCAAACUCACUGAAGUAUAUUUCAAUAAUUCCACGCCCACUUUGAAUCGAACGUUGGUGAAUUCACAUCCACCACUGGAAAGCUGAACAGGCAAUCCUGCCUUACAUUGUAGUGUAAUUUGACUAAUAUACUUAACUUUUAAUUCAUUGGCCUUCAAAUGCUCUCAUAGACACAAGUGGCAGAUCCUUAAAUCCAAUGAACUAGUCAAGUCUAAUGUGGCUCCCGAGCUUCACCCCUCG